CAUCCCGACAUUGAUCGCCUCCCCACUUGCAGCCAUCGCCAUGAACACAGGGGUUGAAGCACAGCGGGCGGUGCAUUUUUAAAACACUCUCACUCCCUGUUGUCACUCGAUCACAGCACUCCUCUCCCAGAGGACGCUGGGGGAUGCUGGAGUGACAUGCUCAGAGAUCCCGCCCGCCUUCGGUAGACGGUGUGUAUUGAGCGGGAAAACAAACGCCCCCCGGGCUAACGCGGGAAACGUUACAGUGGUUCAGUGUUUUCCAUGGAGGGGCAGCCGCCGUGCUAAUCCCCACCCUGACAUAUGCUUCAAUAACCAGGCGAACUAAUGAACCUUCAUACAGUCUGACCCGAGCAGGUUUACCCUCACCCGGAGCUCCGUCCCCGGGCUGUCGGUGAGUCCGGAGCCCGCUCAGCAGCCCCGUAGGAGCGGCUCGUUGCAUGUCCGUCCACACUGCUCGUAAACGGUCGUCUCCCCAUUAGCCACCGAGCGGCUGUUAGCUCCCGCACAAAGAGCAGUGUUGCUAACCGGCGGAACAAAGUGACCCGGACAUGGAGACGUUUCAGAAGGUGGAGAAGAUCGGAGAGGGGACGUAUGGAGUGGUUUACAAAGCCAAGAACAAAGUCACCGGGGAAACUGUGGCUCUGAAGAAAAUCAGGCUCGACACGGAAACAGAGGGUGUACCAAGCACUGCCAUCCGAGAGAUUUCACUUCUCAAAGAGCUCAGUCACCCAAAUAUUGUCAAACUGCGAGACGUCAUCCACACAGAGAACAAACUCUACCUUGUCUUUGAGUUCCUUAAUCAGGAUUUAAAGAAGUUCAUGGACUCUUCCUCUGUCAAUGGCAUCCCACUUCCCCUGGUGAAGAGUUAUCUCUUCCAGCUGCUGCAAGGCCUGGCCUUCUGCCACUCUCACAGGGUCCUGCAUCGAGACCUGAAGCCACAGAACCUCCUCAUCAAUGCUCUGGGGGAGAUCAAGCUCGCUGACUUUGGCCUUGCAAGAGCCUUCGGAGUACCUGUUCGUACAUACACACAUGAGGUGGUAACGCUUUGGUACAGAGCACCAGAAAUUCUCCUGGGAUGCAAAUACUACUCUACAGCUGUUGACAUCUGGAGUCUAGGCUGCAUCUUUGCUGAAAUGAUCACCAGGAGGGCCUUGUUCCCCGGCGACUCUGAGAUUGAUCAGUUAUUCAGAAUCUUCCGCACCUUGGGCACACCUGAUGAGACGGUCUGGCCUGGAGUCACAUCGAUGCCCGACUACAAACCAUCUUUCCCAAAGUGGGCCAAACAGGAUUUAUCCAAAGUGGUUCCUCUUCUUGAUGAGGACGGAAGAGAACUGCUGGGAGAGAUGCUAAAUUACGAUCCAAACAAAAGGUUAUCUGCAAAAAACGCCCUUGUACAUCGAUUCUUCCGUGACGUCACCAUGCCAGUUCCUCAUCUGAGACUCUGAGUCCAGCUAAAUAUCAGGAUAUUUCUCUGCCAAACUUGUGCAAGCGUUGUACCUCAGCCUUCUUUCAGGGCCGUGCCUGGAACAGUGGACACUACAGGAUGUGUUUGAUCCUUUAAUGAUUAUUUGAUAAAAACCGAAAAGCUUUCCAUAGCAUGGAUGUCCUGAAUGUUGUUCUGUUCAGCCAUGAUGUUGUUAUAGUUAUAUCAUAAGUUUGAACAUCAUGUGCAGCGGACAUUUUUGAUGUAAAUGUUAUUUAGGAUUGGGAUGGUCUGCCAGACAUUCUAGAAGUAAAUGUUAAUUCAUACAUUUGUGGGAUAGUGCAAAUAACAGGUGAUGAUGGAGUCAGCACAAGUUGUCCCACAGCAGACCUCGUCAGCUGAUGUAUAACAGUUGGACAAAAGAUUCUAACUGUGUUCUUCUAGUUUGAUGUUUCUCACAGUUUGAUUCAGAAAUUGGGUCCCGAGUAUCUUGAAGUGACUUUUAAAACUGCACCUUUGGUUGUUAAACAAAAAGAAAUGCUCCUGAAGUUCUCAGCUUUGUACAUACCGUACAAUUGUGAUGUUCAAAUGUUUCCUGGUGUAAUUCAGAUUUUUACAGAAUUUAAUAUGCUGUUGCAUUUUUCUUACUCUAGAUUUUAUCAAAACCUAAUGAACUGUUUUUAUUUACAGUUUGAAAAAAAA